GUGGUUUAAAAGUUACAGUGAAUGCAAGGAGAUCUGAACAUGACGUAAUCAUAUCAAAUAAUGUGUAAGAUUGUUUUGGAUUAUAUUCCAGGGGAACUCUGGGAGAACUCAGCAGGACGCCCAUGAUGGAAUUGUAACAUCAAGCUACUUCUCGUCAGAUUUGACAACACCUUCUAUAAAAAAACCUUUUUGUCCUGAGGAGCGAGCUUUGUUGAAAGUUAUUCCACAAUGAGAGACCGCUUGGUGGAGCUGCAGAGGGCUCAAGAAUUUUCAGAGGCAGCAACUGAGAACACUGUCCUUCCCUCAGUGGAGGGUGAUAAUGAAGACUCUAUGGCGGUCAUAACGCCACAGGCUGUGAUGUUCGAGGAAGAGCCGGUCAUUAAGAAUUUCCUUUCUGAGGCCCAGCAAAUCAGAGAUGAUAUCACAGUGCUUGACAUAGAGGUCCUUAAGUUAAGCCAGCAGCAAAAGACCCUGGUGGCAACCAUGCAUCGUUUCAGUGUGAUGAAGAAGGAGAGCAGUAUAACCCGGGACAUCAAGCUCAAGGCUGAGAGCCUCCAUCGACGCUUAGAUGCUCUUUCAAAACAGGUCCAAAGGACUGAGGACCAACAGGGAGCUACUGCUGUUACAACCAGAAUACAACGCUCCCAGUAUGCAGUACUGCACUCCAAAUUCCAGCAGGUAAUGCGGCAGUAUAAUGAAGUUCUGCUGACGAAGCAGGAGCGCUGCAAGCAUUUCAUUAUCCGGCAGCUCGAGGUAUCUGGAAGGGAUGUGACGGAGGAGGAGGCGAAUGAGAUGGUGACCACAGGAAAAUGGGAGGUGUUCAAUGAGAACCUGCUGAAUGAUACCAGAAUCACACGAUCACAGCUAUCUGAGAUUGAACAGCGACACAAGGAGCUGUUGAGUCUGGAGAACAACAUGAGGGAGCUGAGGGACUUGUUUAUGGACAUUUUCAUGUUGGUGGAGGAACAAGGCUCCUAUAUUGAGCACAUCCAGACCAAUGUGGAGAGGACUCAGGAUUAUGUGGCUGCAUCUAAUGAAAAGUUUAAGGUGGCCGCCCGAUACAAGAAGAAGAACCCACUGCGGCAGCUGUGCUGCUGCUGCUGCCCUCCCUGGAGAUGCUGCUUAUGAAAACGUUUUUUUUACCUCAAAUUUCUUUCCAAGUAACAUUUUAUUUUAAAAGUUUCACCCACCUGUUGGGACAAGGGAACUUUGGAUUCAAGUACCAUUAAAGUGAAGGUUAUUAUUGCUCUGCAGUUUUGCUGUUGAACAGUGUGAAAGUGACGAUAGACUCAGCAGAGCAUGGAAAACAAUUAGGGGGGAAAGCCAGAAUUGGUAUUUGAAGCACUUGUUUCGUUCAAGAGGAUGUGAGACGACUGCUAUUGGAAGAGACAGUUCAGUGAGUGCUACUCACCAACACUGCUGCUUAUUGGAGACCUUCCCUGUCAUCUGACAGAGGUCACAAACAAGCCGAGACCACUGCCUCUACAGUGCUGGAUCAGCAAAGCAGAAGACAAGACGUCAAGACUUCUAUGAUUGAGACACUUAUCUUUUUUAUACAUUAUGUGCACUUUAAGACUUACCUAUUUUUUUAAAACUAAAAUGUACCCUAGGGGAGAAAGAUACACUUUCUAAAACGUGUUGAUUCUUUAUGUGUUCAUUUCCUUCUUGCUGAUGAAUAGAGCACUUGUUUCACAAUUAGUCACUAUUCUCAUUUCCAUUUCAAGGUAUGGUAAUUUUGCGCGAAAAAAGAAUUAUUCUUCUAUUCAACUUCACAGAGGCGGGGAUUCAAAUAAAACUUGGAAUAACGAGCCUUGAUCAAAAUAUUUACGCCCUGGUGCCAAACAGCAGAAAAUCAUUGAAGUCGUGAGUUGAAAAACAAGUUUCAAGUUUAUUAUUGUAAGAAAUAUUUCCUUUCUCUAGAUGUUUUUGUAUUUUUGAUAAGGUGAAACUGUUACAGUGCUCUGAUGAAAAAUGCUUGCAUCCAUUUGUAUCAUAAUUAAAUGAGUAUAAAAAUGAUAAUGACGCUAAAAAGAAGUGGCUGCUAAUCUGGAGAAGCGCUCUCACCUAGGAGAAAUCCAGCAGAAUGGAUUUUAACAGAUCUUCCGACUGACACCUGUUGACAGGUUAUAGUUAACUACUUAAUGCCGAGUUGAAAAUACCAUUUCAUUUUCCUAGAGGGUAUUGUGACUAACAUAUUAAGAGUCAUUUCAGGAGACUUCAUGCUUUUUCUCAUGAAGCUCUUUACAGAAUGGCUCUUCACUUGCCUCUCAUCAGCAGUGAUAUUCUGUAGUGACUCAGUGACCCAUGGUGUCUGGUGUCCAGGACAAAAUAAAGGUGUGCCAGAGAUCGACUGGAUAAUCUGGUUCGUCUGCUUUUCCAGAAUAGCUCCUAGAACACUGUACGUUCCUCUAGGGAAGAGUGAGUAAACACAGUUGUAACUGUAGAGAAAACAAAUAAUCUCCUUUUCAAAUAAAAAGCCUUCUCAGUUUAUGAAAACAUUAAAAGCAAAAAUGCAUUUAGACUUCUGAAAUGCCACAGUGUCAGUCACUAUUGUCGGCCCACAAGGAAUAAAUUACUCAUGUGAAACACUA